AUGAGGUGGGGUGUUACGUUAUUAGAAGAUAAUUGCCGGGAAGAUCAAUAUUACUAUCUUAUAACAGUUUAUACAAGCUUUGUCAGAGAAGGCGGCACCAUGUCCAAUGUUAGCUUUGAUAUUUAUGGUGAAAAGAACAAUACGGAUGUGCGCAAACUAUCAGACGGAGUUCGGAAGGGUUUUAAAGCUGGAAGCGUCAUGCACUUUCUAAUGGCGGUACCAGAAACACUGGGAAAUCUUCAGUAUUUACGGAUCUGGCACGAUAACGCUGGUACAGGAAAAUAUGCUUCUUGGAGUCUGAACCGAGUGGAAGUUGUUGAUAUACAAACUGAUGAAAGUUUUGUGUUUUUAUGUAAUAAAUGGUUCUCCAUUGAAGAAGGGGUCAUAGAUAGAGUGCUGCCAGUCGGUGGCGCGGAAAAUUUUCAUAAUUUCAAGGGAUUGUUCUUGGAGCAUGCCAGGAAUCACUUGACAGAUGAACACGUUUGGGUAUCCAUAUUAUUUCGACCAGUCAAAAGCAACUUCAGCCGUGUUGCGCGAGUUGCUUGUGGUGUUACGUUGCUGUUUUUGUGCAUGAUUUCAAACGCCAUGUUUUUUGAAAACGGAGACAACAAAGAUAGACAGAGGUCGUCUUCAAUCGAGCUGGGACCAAUCAAAUUUAAUCCAAGUCAGGUGUACAUAUCUUUAGUUAGCGUCAUUUUAACCGCCAUUCCGGUUUACGUCAUAAUGACGGUGUUCCGGAAGUCGAAGCCAAAACCAUGGGAGAGGAGAAAAAAACAAAUUCGGCGGUGGUUCCCGAAAUACAUGCGAGAGAAACUGGAAUUCAGCCAGAAAUUGGAAGAUAUUUUGGUAAUACCAGAUAAUAUAGCAAUAAAUGAUGCUAGUUUGCCAAGUUGGGGUGUUUAUAUUGGAUGGUUUCUGUCUUUUGUGGCAUCGUUUGUUUCUUGUUUCUUCAUCAUGCUUUAUAGCAUAGAAUGGGGUAAAGAUGUUUCUGAGGAAUGGCUGACUACAUUCAUUCUUUCAUUUUUACAAUCUUUGUUAUUUGUGGAUCCAUUUAAAAGCAUCCCCGCUACUUAUCCUCUGACCAGUAUGUGGAUAUUUAGAAUACGUGUUUAUAAUAUGCUAUGUUUGAUCACGCAGGUUAUUCAGUCAAGUCAUUAUUUUGAAUGGUUGAACAAAACAGCACUGCCAUCUUUAUUUCCGGAAGAAGAUUACAGGGGAAUACGCAUGACAGCCACAGAACGUCUGUUUUCUUACAACAGUGCCAAUGUGAAAGUCGGACCACCAAGAUUAAGACAAGUCAGGGCGAGAGCCGGUAAUUGCAGUUAUCCGUAUAUUGGCCAUACCACGUGUAUACCUGUCUAUGACGUCAUACAGGAAAAUACAGAUAACUAUUGUCCCAACUGGACACCACAACCAUGUUCUGAUGCAGAAGAAAGUACCUUGACCGUCGAUGCCUGGACGUUCACCUCGGCUACCAGUAUCUGGGGAGCUCCAAUAGCCGGCUUGCUAACUCUAUAUGGCGGUGGGGGAUAUAUUGCCAACAUGGAUAUCAACAAAAUUGUCUCCACGGAAUCUUUACAAGAACUUUUUGAGACUCACUGGAUUGAUCGGCAAACGAGGGCCGUCUUCUUCGAAUUCACACUCUACAAUAUAGACAUUAACAUGUUUGUUUAUGUCAGUAUCUUGACGGAAUUUCCAGAGACUGGCGGAGUGGUCACGUAUAAAAACAUUUUUCCCUUCCGAUCAUCGCAACACGUAGGAACAUUGGGCAAGUUUAUUCUAAUCUGUGAACUUGUUGCGAUGUUGUACAUCGUCGUUAGUGCCGUCAUAAUAGGUAUAAAGUUUGCCAAGCAGAAGUGGCUGUUCUUUACAAAGUUUUGGAACCUGGCGGAAUUCUUUACGGUUGGAGUUGCAGUGGUCGCUAUUGUGUUUUAUAUUCUACGCGACCAAUACGCCAAUCAGGCUUUAGCAGCGUUCAACGAAAACAACCGGGAAUUCGUCAAUUUUUACCGAGUUGUUAUAUGGGACUAUGCGUUCGUCUCCGUUUUAGGGAUGUUAGUAACCAUAGCAACUCUACGUUUAUUAAAGGCAAUGGCGUUCACGGACAUAACUUUCAAGGUUUUCGAUGUGCUGAAACAAACCAGUAAGGUUUUUCCAGGAUUCGCCACGUUCAUUCUCAUCAAUCUCUUAAGUUUCUCCUCGGCCAGUUAUUUCAUGUUUGGCCGAACUGGAGCUCCAUACAAGUCAAUGAUCACUUCUAUGGAAACCAUGUUUAUAGGUUUAAUUGGAGAUACCACGUUUAAGAAGACCAACUCCGAGGUUGCACUGGACACUGUGGAAAUUAUUUGGUUUAGCUUUUUUGUGAUCUGUGUUACGAUUAUACUUAUUAAUCUAUUUUUGGCGAUUUUGAUGGACGUCAUGACAAGGACCCAGGACGAACCCCCUUCUAAACGAGAUGUUAAUCUGAACGUGUUCUCGUACAUCUGGGGGUCAAUGGUGCGGGGCAUUGUCGACAAACCACCAGAUUACACCUGUCUCCACCCUGAUAUACAAGACCAGCCAAUAAAAGAUAACCGACAACCAACAGGCAUGGAGGAGGAUAUGAAGACUGUAUCAAAUCUUUCUGUCUUAAUUAUUCAACAAUUGAAAAAUAAUCCAGAAUUUGAGAAGGAAAUGGCCAUCUGGGAAAAGAAAGUUGGCUUCUCUGAAUAA